AAGUUCGAAACGCAUAUAAAGUCGGAACGAGACUCUUCGAUCUCUUUGCCUUCUCAGAAGUUUCAACAGGACUCUCCGUGCUCGCUCGCUUGCUCGCUCCCCUCCUUAGUCUCCGGAGCAAUGCUGUCUGCGCGCAACCCCCUCUCCGUUCGCGAUGAGCAGCAGCAGCAGCAGCUGUCGUUGAAGGCCCGCCUGUCGCCCCUGAAGAACUUGGCCUUGAGCGACAAGGAGAACACGCCCCCGCCGCUCCAGGCCACCCGGAUCCUGGCCUCCAAAACGGCGCGGAAGAUCUUCCAGGAGCCCUUCGCCCAGCCGGAUGCACCUAAAGAAGUGACACCGCUUCCCUGGAGUAAUGUACAAGAGGAACCUCUGCUUCGGGAGAAUCCCCACCGCUUUGUCAUCUUUCCCAUUCAGUACCAUGAUAUCUGGCAAAUGUAUAAGAAAGCAGAGGCAUCCUUUUGGACAGCUGAAGAGGUGGAUUUAUCCAAAGAUCUCCAGCACUGGGAAUCCUUAAAGCCUGAAGAGAAGUACUUCAUUUCACACGUCUUAGCGUUCUUUGCUGCAAGUGAUGGCAUUGUCAAUGAGAACUUGGUGGAGCGGUUUAGCCAAGAAGUGCAGGUGACAGAAGCUCGCUGUUUCUAUGGUUUCCAGAUCGCCAUGGAAAACAUCCAUUCAGAAAUGUACAGUUUACUUAUUGAUACAUAUAUCAAAGACCCCAAAGAGAGGGAAUUUCUGUUCAAUGCCAUCGAAACCCUACCUUGCGUUAAAAAAAAGGCUGACUGGGCCAUGCGCUGGAUAGGGGACAAGCAAGCUGCUUAUGGAGAACGAGUAGUCGCCUUCGCAGCUGUGGAAGGAAUAUUCUUUUCCGGUUCUUUUGCGUCUAUCUUUUGGCUGAAGAAGCGAGGGUUAAUGCCUGGGCUUACUUUUUCCAAUGAACUGAUCAGCAGAGAUGAGGGUUUGCACUGUGAUUUUGCUUGUCUGAUGUUCAAGCAUUUGGUACACAAACCGUCAGAAGAAAGAGUGAGAGAGAUCAUCACAAAUGCGGUCAGAAUAGAGCAGGAAUUCUUGACGGAAGCACUGCCUGUAAACCUAAUUGGCAUGAAUUGCACUUUAAUGAAGCAGUAUAUCGAAUUCGUAGCAGACAGACUGAUCCUGGAACUAGGUUUUAACAAGAUAUUCAAAGCUGAGAAUCCAUUUGACUUCAUGGAGAAUAUCUCACUGGAGGGCAAAACUAACUUCUUUGAAAAGCGUGUGGGAGAGUAUCAGCGGAUGGGAGUGAUGUCCAAGCCCAAUGACAACUCUUUCACUUUAGAUGCAGACUUUUAAACAAAGCAGGGCUGUUUUCUGCUGCCUUGAGAUAUAGCUAGUAGUUUGCUCGAUAAUCCUCAACAUUCUGGUUCUUACAAAGAGUCAUGGUGCUUUAGGAGAGCUUGUGUAGCUGAAAGUGGGAGAAACGGUUUCCAGCUCUGUCACAGAAGCAUUUUAUGAGAAACGCCAGCUGCUCAAAUCUUCUGAAAUAUUAAUGCUUUCAGUAGCAUGUUUCUGCCUCUGAUGAUAGACUUCCAGUAGUUUCUCCACAACAAAGCAAAUAAUAUUGGGUACUUGUAGGAAACUGCAGGUUUUCAUGCCGUUUAGUCUGGUCUAUAGAAAAAGUUGUAGAAGCGAUAUAUUGCUUCGUGGCAGGUCUUAAGUUUUUAUGUAGUAUUGUCAUAGUUUAUACAUAAAUCUGGCACUUUAAAUAAAGUUCUGGCCUGUACUUCCUGGGAAAGGCUGGCAACAUGUGAGUUUAAAAGAAACUCUUUUAGACAGCAUUUAAUCUUAAUUUUUCUACUAUGCCUUAUUUACUUGCAUGUAAAUUAUAUUGGUGAAGUGCUGAAAAGAAAUCUUUUAGAUAUGUAUGACUUCUGGUGGCAGUUUGUGAAUACACUUUGUGCAGAAGUAAAACCUGAAUAAAAUUCCAGUUUUAAAAAUG